GUUUACCAGCUCUCCUGCAGGGAAUGCGAGGUGCAAGUAGAACUAUCCAGCAAAGUUGAGAACCACCAAACAUGAAACUUUAUUCUGUCACUAUGAUACCUCUGGUCUCUUUCUUAGCUGCUUUGCGCUUACUCACCGAUGCUCAAUCGUGCAACAACGGAUUAGGAAAACAUGCUUUUGAAUUAGUCAUGAAUUACAGAAUGGGUGGAAAUAAUGGAUUUGGGCUAUCAAAAGGUGAAAUGAUCACUCUUGUGGACAGUCCCCUCCGAGUUUUGCAAACGUGCAAACAACGUUGCGAAGACGACCCCAAGUGUUUGUCGUUCGAUUUUACGCCCGGACAACGAAUUGACCCUCAAAAUGGAGAAGCUGGCAUGGACGGAGGAAAUUCCGUCAGGAAUUCGAACAAUCACAUGGGCAAUCAGCAGCAACAUGCUGAUCCAGAGUACAAGGAAUCCGUUUGUCACAUGUACCACGAUAGAGCUUCUCCAGAUGGCGGAGACGUCCUUGUUAGACAGACGAACACAUUCCACUUCAAUAAAGUUUGCUUCACGUCAUCCCGACUGACUAAUGACUGCCCAAAUCGACUUUACAUGAUCAAAAGAACUCCCGGCUACUGUUUCGAAAGUCACACCGACCAAGAAGUCUUUGCAACGAAUCGAACAGAAUGCGAGGAAAAAUGCGUCAAUGAUCCAGAGUGCCUAUCAGCCUGUUUCGACCGAGGUGGCCAGAAGUGUAGGCUCAGUCGAAGCACCAAGGCGAUGAAUCCUACAGGUUUCCUCAGUGAUUCGAACAGUGACUACGUCGAGAAUAUGUGCCUUUCAGAAGCCCAAGCUUGUCCUAACAGAGCUCAUAUUAUGGAAAGUGGUAAACGCCCAAGUGGAGCCAUAGAGUUGGAAACAAUUUACACUCAGCAUUUCCAGAGCUGUUCAGACAUUUGCUCCCAAAGUUUGGAAACCAGAGGUUAUUUGUGUACAGCCUUUUACCACGAAGAAGAUACCUGGCUUUGCACAACCUACAUGUACUACCCUGAUGCUGCUGAUUCCGGAGAAAUGUCCACCGGACAUGAGACCACAACGUUAGUUCCUGGUAAAGGAGACUUUUACAGAAUACUCUGUGGAAAUGCUGACCGAGACGCUUACAUCAACAACGCCACUGUCGAGUGCUUCCGUAGAAAACGACUAGACGUUGCUCACCAGGUCGAAGUGAAAGUCUAUUCCUUCCAAGAAUGCCUUGACGAGUGCAUGCGACGCUAUAACCGUGACUGCCAGUCGGUCGAGUACAGUUCGCGAUUUCAGUCCUGCCGAUUCAGCAGCCAAUCUAGUGGAGCCUCCAACAAGCCGAAUCUCGUAGACGACGAAUCCUACGAUUACUAUGAGUUCAAAUGGAUCAGAGGAAGUGGAAACAGAGGACACAGUUUCAUCCACAGACCCGGUUAUGGUCCAACUGCUGGUGCUCCCGGAUUUGGACCUUCCAGAUGGGGUAUAGGUGGACCAGUAGCAGGAGGUUCAGGUGGAAAUCCUUCUAUUUCUCAGGCAUGGCCUUCUGGUCCAUGGAGCGGACAAGGAUGGAACCAGAACCCUCACCACCAAGGCCCAGUGAAUUUUCCAGCCUAUCCCCCAGCAGUUAUGCCACCCGCUUCUCAACCUUGGGGCUCAGGCAAUGCUCAUAGUUGGAGUCAAGCAGGUGGUUAUCCUCCAGUAGCUCCACCUCAUCAAAACCCUCACUCUGCUCCUGGUGGAUUCCAAGGUGGUUAUCCUGGAUAUCCACAUGCUAAUCCAUUCCAUGGCAAUGGCAUUUACCCUCCAGCUGGAAUGGGUCAACAUUCCCCUAACAACAACUACGAACUUUGCAAACCAGGAAUGUAUAACGGAGGCCUCUUCAGAAGGGUGGGUUACGGCACCAGACUCAGGAGUUUCUACGUUAGGAGAGUGGUCAGAACAGACAGGGAAGAAGAUUGUGAAAAGGCUUGCUUAGAAGAAAGGGAAUUUGUCUGCCUGUCUUUUAAUUUUAGAAAUGUAAUUCCGGACAACUGUGAACUGAGCGACCAAGAUACGAGACAUCUUCAACUUAAUAAUCCAGGUCAUUUCGAGCAAGAUUCCCAAUUUGACUUUUACGAAAGAGACGCUGCGGCAGCAAAUGGAAUACCUGGAGCAAGCGCCCCUAACUGCAUUGAUGUGAGUCAAUCGUGCAGUCCUGAUGGGAUAGAAUUCACCAUGAAAACACCAGAAGGUUUCUAUGGUCGAAUCUAUACUUAUGGUUUUUACGAUUCUUGUUUUUACGAUGGCAAUGGUGGAACAACAAGCGUUCUAAGGAUAUCAAGAGGAAAUGGAUUUCCACGAUGCGGUACCCAACAGUACGGAGACGUAAUGACCAACAUCGUAGUUGUGCAGUUCAAUGAUAAUGUUCAAACAUCAAGGGAUAAAAAAUACAACCUUACUUGCUACAUGUCUGGUCCUGGAGAAACCGUGGUUACCUCGAGCUACAUGGAUACCAGAACGGAUGGACGUUAUCCUACCCAGAUUGAGCACCUUCCAGCUCAAAAUAUGCUAACAUCAAACAUCGUUUUACGGGUGCUCUACAGAGGGGCUCCAACGAAUACGAUAGCGGUGGGAGAUUUGCUGACGUUCCGAUUGGAAGCUAGAGGCCAUUAUCAUUACGAGUACUUCAGCGACAUAUUUGCGACCAACGUUAUAGCAAAAGAUCCCUACUCUGGCAGACAAGUCCAUCUGAUUGAUAACCGAGGAUGUCCUGUCGAUUUGUAUGUAUUCCCUGAACUGCAAAAGACACCAGAUGGAGCUUUGCAAGCUGAUUUUUAUGCUUUCAAAAUACCCGAUUCCAAUCUCUUAGUGUUUCAAGCAACAGUAAAAACUUGCAGAGGACCAUGUGAACCAGUGAUCUGCAGUGAUCGGGGUCGUCCUGGUUCAUUCCCAUCAUGGGGACGCAAAAAGAGAUACGUCAUGAACGAAACUGCAGCCCUGUACGCAGACGAUUCGGAAAAAUCACCAAUGUCGUUGGAAAAUGGUACUGAUGAGCAAGAAGUUGUGCAUGAUCUACUGAAGGUCUACCUCUCCAGAUCUGAUAUGCCUCCUGAAGCUGCAGCAGUAACGAAAACAAGCACUGUGUGUGUCGCCCAAGCCGGAUACUACACACUUGUUAUACUCUCAAUCGUCCUAGUAUGCGCCGUUGUGGCUGUUGCUGCUGCUGCCAUGUACUUUUUCAAGAAAUCAAAAUUAGCGGCUAAAGCAGCAGGAAUCAGCGGACCUCCACCAGGAUUAGCCAACUUAUACAUUACCAGCCAAUACCCUGGACCAAAAAUGGACGAUCCAAGUGAACCCAUAUACACAGAUCCAUCUCUCUUCGAGCGAUCCAGGAGCAACAGAAACGUAGCCAACUUGGGGAAAGUCUGCAAUGAUUUCAAUUGAGUAACAGAUAUCCUCUAGCCUUUAAAAGACUGAAAAUAUGUUGAACUCUGUGUGUGCUUGGGAUUUUUCCAUGAAAACAGUCCUUCGUGUUGCAACCUGUAACCCCUUGCAUUUUUCGCUGGGAUUUUCGGUUCGCUCUUUCUCUUUUGGAUCAGAAAUGUACAUAACACUAAGAAAUAACGAAAACGGUGUUUGUGCUUUCUAUGUAUACAAGCUAUCAAUGUACACUAAAAUAAA